GAACAGAGUUUUUUUUAUUGAAAUCGCCUUGAACUAACUAAUGAGUAAUGGUUCCCAUGAUUCGAUAAUUUCUUGUUUUUUAUUCUUUUUAACUUAAAACAGUUGUAAUCUCAAUUUAUCUCACUGAAACACUAGUUCAACAUGGCCAAAUAACCUUUGAGAUUGGAAUACUAUUCUAUCGAGUUAUUAAUGAGGAACUAUACAGCUACACAAACUACGGCAUGGAGACGCCAACGCCCUCGUCGGCGCAGGACUGCCUGCAGAUGUUCGCCAAGUUCGAGUCCAGCCCCGGCCCGGACUCGGACUUCGACCUGAGCCUGGCGGUCCCGGAGUCGCUGUCCAUCAUCGAGGCCGACAAGAUCGGGAAGGAGGAGACUGAUGCUGUUGCCACACAAACCAAUUCCGUGCCAUACAAAACCGUCCACGACCCACCGGUCAAGUUCAACUCGGUGCACAGGAAAGUGUUCAUUCCCGGCGUGGAAAUAAAGGUCAGAAUAGAGGAGAACGAGCGCAGCGUGACCACUCAUCUACUUAACCCUAAUUUAUACACAAUCAACCUCCAGCACGGCGACUUCUCUUGGACAGUUCGCAAGCGUUACAAGCACAUUCUGUACCUGCACCAACAGCUGACGCUGUACCGCGCGUCGCUCGACAUCCCCUUCCCCACGAAAACGCACAAAUCGCGUCGAGCCAGCUUCAAGAAUACGCUUCACGAUGAGGAGAAAGCUGAGAAGGUUGCACUAGAGGCCUUGCCACGAAGCCAGUCGAAGAAAAUGGCGCGUCCGCGAAAAAGGAAAGGCGCACUACCCAGAUUUCCAAAGAAACCAGAGGUGAUGGUCACAUACGAGGGAAUCCAGCUUAGAAUGAAGCAGCUAGAAGAAUAUUUGUACAAUCUACUCAAUAUUUCUAUUUAUAGGAACCAUCAUGAGACGGUAAAAUUCCUCGAGGUAUCGAAUCUGUCGUUCAUAUCAGAGUUCGGGUGUAAGGGCAAAGAGGGCAUGGUGCUAAAGCGUACCGGGUCUACUCAACCCGGGCAGGCUGGUUGCAACUGCUUCGGACUGCUAGGGACAGCUGUAUGUGUCAGGUGUAACUACUUCUGCACCGGUCUGGUGUGCGCGAAGUGGCAGGAGCGAUGGCUGUUUGUCAAGGACACAUUUUUCGGUUACCUGCGACCCAGCGACGGGUCCGUCAAGGCUGUUAUGCUUUUCGACCAGGGCUUCGAAGUGUCAAGCGGCAUGUACUCAACUGGCCUGAACCACGGUCUGCAGAUCCUGAACCAGAGCCGUCAGAUGGUCAUCAAGUGCUGGACGAAACGGAAGAGCAAGGAGUGGAUGCAGUACCUCAAGGCGGUGGCCAAUCAGACCGCUCGUGAGUUCACCCACCCCAACGUGCACCACUCGUUCGCGCCGCCGCGCGCCGCCACGCCCGCCGCCACGUUCGUGGACGGCUCGCCCUACCUCGCCGCCGUCGCCGAGGCCAUGGAGCUCGCUAAAGAGGAAAUAUUCAUCGCUGACUGGUGGCUCAGCCCGGAGAUCUAUAUGAAGAGGCCGGCGUUAAAUGGAAACUAUUGGAGGCUGGAUACGAUCUUGAAGAGGAAAGCGGCCCAAGGAGUAAAGAUCUUCAUAAUGCUGUACAAGGAAGUUGGGAUGGCGCUUGGCAUCAACAGCUUUUACAGCAAAAGCAGACUGGCCAGCGAAAAUAUUAAGGUUUUCCGUCACCCAGACCACGCGCGGGGGGGUAUCCUGUUCUGGGCGCAUCACGAAAAGAUCGUCGUGGUCGACCAAUGCGUCGCCUUUCUUGGCGGCAUCGAUAUGUGCUACGGCCGCUGGGACGACUACAAACACAGGCUGACUGACCUAGGCAACAUCACGCACACCGCCAACUCUAUAAAAACCAAGAAGAAAACGUCCAGUUCCCCAGGUGGGGGCAUGUUCCACACACAAAACGGAGGGGACGUCACUCUUGAGCUCGCCAGACACUCUAGAGAUAUCAUUAUUGGGGCUAAUGAUACCAUCCAAAUCGAAAGCACAGAAUCUGAAGAACAAAAAACCGUCGAACCCAAUACCCCAGACCCUGACCUUCCUCAACUGCAACCAGGCGACCACUUGCUUAUAACACAAUCCACAAGGACAGACAAAGAUGAUAGCCCUGUGGAAAGGAGGAAUGUUCUCAACAAGAUAACAGAGAGGUCUAAAGGCAUAUUGAGUAUAGUGUACCCCCCGUACGAGGAGGAACGGAGUGAGAGGGAAUUCGAUGACUCGGAGCGAAAGAAGGCGGAGAAAUAUGCGCAGUCUAAUGAUCAGGUGUUGCUCACUGAUGCGUUGACUACUAAGGGAAUGGUGACCAGAAGUAAGAGCAUUAUCAAGCCAACGCCACUUGCUCAAGUGGUCGAAGGCCGAGUGUUCACAGAGAGCACUAAAGACAGGCUGGAGGGCAUCGAAGGCAACUCCAAGCUGUGGAUAGGGAAAGACUACACCAACUUCAUCGUUAAAGACUUUAACAGUCUGGACCUGCCUUUUGUUGACCUUGUGGACCGCAACUCGACGCCCAGAAUGCCGUGGCACGACAUCGGGGUCGUAAUACAAGGCGCGGCCGCGAGAGAUGUAUCAAGGCACUUCAUACAGCGGUGGAAUGCUAUCAAACUUGAAAAAGCCAGACAAAAUGCGAGCUACCCAUAUCUCCUGCCGAAGACUUAUUCGGAUAUCAAACUAUUGCCCGAGUUGGAAAAGUAUCUGAACACUGACAUCCACAAUAUGUCCUGUCAGGUUCUCCGCAGCGUAUCGAGCUGGUCCUGCGGAUUCCUAGACCCUGAUACAGUGGAGCAAAGUAUACACGAAGCAUACGUGGACACCAUCACACGCGCACAGCACUAUAUCUAUAUCGAGAACCAGUUCUUUAUCACGCUGUCGCGAACGAGCCAGGCUGUGAGGAACCAGAUAGGAGAAGCCCUGUUCAACCGCAUAAUGCGCGCGCACCGCGCCAAGGAGACGUUCCGCGUAUUUGUAGUGAUGCCGCUGCUGCCCGGCUUCGAGGGGGAAGUGGGGGGGCCUUCGGGGACCUCCCUGCAUGCAGUCACACACUGGAACUAUCAGAGUAUAUGCAGGAGCCGGGAAGCUAUUCUAACUCGCCUGUACGAAGCGGACGUUUCUGACCCCUCGCAAUACAUCACGUUCCACGGUCUCCGCACACAUUCCACGCUCGAAGGCGAACCAGUUACCGAGCUCAUAUACGUGCAUUCGAAACUACUCAUAGCCGACGACAAGACGAUCAUCUGCGGGAGUGCGAACAUCAACGAUCGGUCCAUGAUUGGGACUAGGGACUCAGAAAUCGCUGUCCUUUUGCAAGAUGAAAGCUUCACCGACGGCACAAUGAAUGGGCAAACCUUCCCCUGCGGACGCGUUGCCGGCGCGCUCAGGAAACGCCUCUUCAGGGAACACCUGGGGCUCAUGGAGGAAGACCUGGAGCGAGUGGAAAUAAACCUGGACGAUCCUUGCUCCGAGCAGUUCUACAGGCUCGUGUGGCAGAGCUUCUCUAAGAGGAACACCGAUGUUUAUGAGGAGGUAUUCCACUGCCUACCAACUGACGCCGUCCACUCCUUCUCCGAACUAAAGAAGUACCAAGAAGAAAACAAGCAGACCCUCUGGCACAGCGACCCGGCGCUCGCGAACAGGAAAAUAGACCUUAUUCAGGGAAAUCUCGUCGAUAUGCCACUAAACUUCCUUUGCAACGAGGUGCUGACGCCAAGAACGACUAGUAUGGAGGGUAUGAUGCCUACUGCAUUGUGGACUUGAGACGAGAUAAGAUUUAGAAUGGGAUUUGGAAAUAGUUAUUUGUUAUACAAGUUGUAUUUUAACGCCGAGUGUGGAAUUGAAAAACGAGCAAGUGAAAGGAUU